CGAAUAGCUAUGAAUUUGAAUUUGAACGAACCGGCUCCACAAUAUGAAGAACAAUCCAGUUCAAGUUUUAAUCACUCAAACGCCGGAGGAUUCCAAAGUUGGACACCUUUGACUUAUGAACAACCAUCUAAUCCACACUUCAAUCACUCAAACACUGGUGGAUUCCAGACUUGGACACCUUUGACUUAUGAACAACCAUCUAAUCCACGUUUUAAUCACUCAAACACUGGCGGAUUCCAGACUUGGUCACAUCAGGGGUCGACUUAUGAACAGCCAUCUUAACCAAGUUUUAAUCAUUCAAAAAAGAAAGGGGCAUUUAAGA